CACAACACUUAUACUGCUGCUGGCCCUCCGCUGCAAAACAGGCGUGGAACUGCUCUAGCAUUACUCAACAGAUUAUUUGUGUUUUGUAAUUUGCUUGUGUUUACCAUAUCUGAUCUGGUGCAUUAAGUGCGGACAAGUUCAUCACUAUUGAGGAACACGGUAACGGCGACCACCGAGAAUGUUUAAAAAAUUUGAUGAGAAGGAAAAUGUGUCGAACUGUAUCCAGCUGAAAACAUCAGUGAUCAAAGGCAUCAAAAAUCAGCUGCUGGAACAGUUUCCUGACAUUGAGUCAUGGCUCAAUCACAUAAUGCCAAAAAAGGACCCUGUCAAAAUAGUGAGAUGCCAUGAACACAUUGAAAUCCUGACAGUGAAUGGAGAGCUGCUUUUCUUCAGACAGAGAGAAGGACCAUUCUACCCAACACUCAGACUGUUGCAUAAAUAUCCUUUCAUUCUCCCACACCAGCAAGUAGACAAAGGGGCCAUUAAAUUUGUCUUAAGUGGAGCCAACAUCAUGUGUCCUGGGCUGACGUCACCAGGGGCUAAACUCUACACAGCUAAAGCUGACACAGUAGUUGCCAUUAUGGCAGAGGGAAAACAACAUGCACUUUGUGUUGGUGUUAUGAAGAUGUCUGCAGAAAGCAUAGAAAAAGUCAACAAGGGAAUUGGAAUCGAGAAUGUUCACUAUCUGAAUGAUGGAUUGUGGCACAUGAAGACGUAUAAAUGAUGACAUCAACACCCGCAACACCCACUGCCCAACCCCCCCCACCCCGCCCGGAAAGUGUGGAGCUCUUGACAGUGAGGCAUGUGCUGCCAGUCAACCGUUUACACCUGCGGACUUAGCUGCGUAACUUGCUGAAGGCUUUGAAUCAGUUGCCAUUAUGCACAAAUAAAAGAAAGAUCUCGC